UAAUUAUUCUAAAUAGAUAUUAAAGUCAUUAAAGUUCCAUAAGAUUUUAUUUUUUUAUGCUGAAAACAGAUGAAACAGCUGUCCAAAUAAAGGUUAAGCAUCAAUACAUGAAUAGAAAAGCCCUACUUUUAUUACUGCAUAUGAACUUUUUCAGGUAGGGCAAUAAAGGGAGGUAAUCAAAAGCAGUAGAGUCUAUAUAGCUUUCUUUCAUGUUCAUCAAUAUUCAAACAUGUGACAAAAAAUGUAGAACAAAAUAGCAUUUCAAAUGAAAUCAGUUUAUUUUGUGUUCAUAACGGAAAAUGUGUAUGCAAUAUCUUAAACAAAGGCAAUAUAAGCUUUUAAAUGAAUAAAUUAUUCAAACAAAAUUUAAAUCUUAUGAUACGUUGCUAAGAAUGUUCCAUAUUAGGAUAUUCAAAUGCAAAAAAAAAAAUAGUGUGUGUAUUUAUUACGAAACCCUUGUGUAUGUUUGCAUAUUUUAGCAUGUAAGUAUGUACCAAGUGACAUAGAAUGUGUAGGACAAAUAUAUUAAGUUAGUUCAGCAGUCCAAAAAUUUUCUACACUGUAGAAUUUGAUUCAACCUUGACUUUUUAGGAUUUCGAAUGUACGUAGAAAAUUGGGCAAAUAAAAAGGAUAGUGUCGAUAUAUUUUCUAGACUGAUUCGAAAAAGUUUGUCCUCGCGGAAGGUCUCAGAAUGACAGUCUGUAGGAAAAUUACAAUUUUAACAACAUUUUCUACAAUGUAGGUUUUAAUGAAACAUCUCGCAGUCGUAAGUAAACACAUGACCUAUAAUAUGUUAAAGUAAAAUGUAUAGGUCCGUGUGCUUACUUUUGAGAUAUUUGCCAAUGAUUAAAUAAAUCAGCGCAUUUCAAGAUUAUUAUAAGAUAUUAUUUUGGAAUGAUUUAACAAGUCAGAUGUUUCAAUGAAAUAUUAUAACUUUAGAAAGAUAGUAUUAUUGCCGUUGUAAUAAUCUACUCAUCGGUUGUCAUUAAUUCAUUAUUUGAUCUUAAUUUCCGUACGCCGAAUCUACAGCUUUAUUCUACAUUAUCCGCCAUUACUUCCGGGUUAUCAAACGCGCAAAACUACCUUAAGAAAAGUGAGAAUAGUUCAUACUUUGAAAUUCUACUAUUUACGCUUUGAUUCAUAUUUUGAAAAUAAAGAGAUUUAAACAACAUCAAUUCAUGUAAAGAAAGAGUUGUUCUACAUGCAAACUGAACAGCCUAAAAAGCAUGUAUAUUACUCUACAAAAACGGUUGUCAAUUAAGUAGUAUAAGCACUUAAUUCUAGAAAAAAAUGAAUAAAGGGACGACAUGUUUGGAUUGUUCAGCACCUUUAAAACCUCACUUUUUUUUCAGAGAACCGUUACAUGUCUUCGUUUUUUUUAUUUCUUGACGACGAUCCUUUAAUGUUUUCUAACUGGGACAACUUCCUGUGAAUAUUUUAAGUAUCUAGUCCUACAGGACAUUAUGUGAAACAUGUAUUGAAACGGUAGUUUGUUGGCAACGAUGUUGUUUGUUUACAAAUAUUUCUGUGGUUAUGUGAAAAGCCGCCAAAUCCUUCUGAAGACGGAUCAUAUCAUUCUUUAAUUCGCAUUGUCAUUUUAUAUAUUUGUUGACUAAUUGUUCACUGAUAUCUAAUAUUUAUAAGAUACUGUAUGUGGAAGUCAUUCAGCAUAAUGCAAAAAAAAAAAAUGAACGUUUUCUGUUUGUUGUAGCUUAGCUAUGUAUUUUGACACAGCAAAAUAUGGGGAAGGAACUGGGCCAAUACUGACACGCGGUUUGUAUUGCUCUGAAGAACAGGAUACUGUAAAUAGCUGUAAUCUUUAUGGACCAUAUCGUCCUGUCAGCUCUCACAUGUACGACUUAUCUAUAGCUUGUACACCUUGUGGUUUACCAGAUAUUUAUAAUGGAUAUCCAGUAGCAUUCAAUGGAACAGAAUUAACAGUGACAUGUCAUACAGGAUUCUACCCAACCCAGAUAAAAAUGAAAUGUCUAAAAAAUCAUAGUUGGUCAGAGGAACAAAGAUGCACUCCCUAUCAUGCUUUUCCACUCAAUAUCAGUGAAAUUCGGUUAAGCCAUUUUUACGAUGGACGUGUCGAAAUUCUGGUCAAUGGAACAUGGGGGACAAUUUGUGAUACUAAUUUUGAUUCUGCAGACGCAAGAGUUAUUUGCAAGAAGUUCGGACUAGAAUCAAGGCGUUAUUUCAUAAAGGCCAGACAUCACAGCGGUAGAGGUAGCGGUCCUAUUUACGUCAACAAGUUGAAUUGUACGGGGACAGAACCUCAUAUAAACCUUUGCAGUUAUGAGAUUUCUAAUAACUGUACCCAUUAUGAUGAUGCAGCUGUUGAGUGUACAGGCUUUUCAGGCAUAAGAUUGUCUGAUGGUCCAAGUUUUACACAAGGAAGGAUCGAACUAAAAAUAUUGGAUACAUGGGGAACAGUAUGCGAUGAUGGUUUUGGAAUGCAAGAGGCUAAUGCUAUCUGUAGUAUGCUAGGAUACCCUCCAGCAGUAACGUAUUAUGCCGAAGCCCAUUAUGGACCAGGCACAGGGCUAAUAUUGGUGGACGAUCUGAGUUGUGAGGAAGACGCAACACAUAUUAACAACUGCACCUAUACUACAGAUGAAAACUGUGACCAUAACGAGGAUGUUUCUGUUGUUUGCACAGAUUGUACAGCGUUUGACAACUGCACUACAUGUCCAUCAGGAAAGUAUGGAUCAUCCUGUCAACACGAGUGCGGACUUGGCUGUCGAGAUCGCGUUUGUGACAUAACAAGUGGGAGUUGCGCAUGUUUAUCAAAUUUUCAAGGUGAUAGAUGUGAUCAAUGUGUUAACGGUAAAUACGGUAAUACAUGUGACAUCGACUGUUCCGCAGGUUGCUCGAAUGAUGCAUGUAACAGCAAUGGUGACUGUUAUGGUUGCAAGACUGGGUUUACUGGCAACAUGUGUACACAGUGUGUGUAUGGUAAAUAUGGAACUGAUUGUGACAUUGCAUGUCCGUUUGGUUGCAGCAAUGGCACUUGUAAAGAUAAUGGAGAUUGUCAUGGUUGCAAGGCUGGGUUUACAGGAAAGAUGUGUACACAGUGUGAGUAUGGUAAAUAUGGAACUGAUUGUGACAUUGCAUGUCCGUUAGGUUGCAACAAUGGCACUUGUAAAGAUAAUGGAGAUUGUCAUGGUUGCAAGGCUGGGUUUACAGGAAAGAUGUGUACACAGUGUGAGUAUGGUAAAUAUGGAACUGAUUGUGACAUUGCAUGUCCGUUAGGUUGCAACAAUGGCACUUGUAAAGAUAAUGGAGAUUGUCAUGGUUGCAAGGCUGGGUUUACAGGAAAGAUGUGUACACAGUGUGAGUAUGGUAAAUAUGGAACUGAUUGUGACAUUGCAUGUCCGUUUGGUUGCAAUAAUGGCACUUGUAAAGAUAAUGGAGAUUGUCAUGGAUGCAAGGCUGGGUUCGUGGGAAGUAAGUGCGAACAAUGUGUCGAUGGUAUGUAUGGAAUCAACUGCGAACAUGAUUGUUCGAAACACUGCGCGCUCGGAACUUGUAUCAAAACAACAGGUGUGUGUAAUGAUGGCUGUAGAAUUAAUUUUUAUGGUGAGCAAUGCAACAUGACGUGUGCGACGACAUGCUUACCAGAUGGCAAAGGUAGACAGUGUUUUUAUUCGAAUGGAAGUUGCGUUAAAGACUGUCAAGACGGAUACCAUGGCGACAUGUGUCAAGACCGUUGCAGUGAAAACUGCAUCGAAACUGUCUGCACAAAGGCAAACGGUGGAUGCAAAUUCGGCUGCGUCGACGGAUUUAAAGGAAAAGGAUGCACAAAAUCUAUCUCAGAUUCUGAUAACACGGCAGAUUCUUUGAUUGUUGGUACUGUCAUUGGAGCUUGCGUUGGAUCUGUGGCAGCACUUCUAGUUGUUUGGAUAGUCAUUAUGAUCAGACGACACCUAAGACGUGGACACCUAAGCAGACACGCACCAGAACAAACAUACGAGUUGAAAGGUGUUAAACAGAAGAAUGUAAGACUUGAUGCUUCGGAGAAUAAAACAUCUAAAAUAGAACACACUCCCGAGUUGGCAGCAGUCAAACAAGAUAAUGUAAGACUAGAUGCUUCGCAGACUACAACAUCAAAUAUAGAACACACAUACGAGGUGGCAGAUGUCGAAGAGGAGAAUACAAGACUUGAUGUUUCGCAGAAUAAAACAUCAAUAAUAGAACACACAUACGAGGUGGCAGAUGUCGAAGAGGAGAAUACAAGACUUGAUGUUUCGCAGAAUGAAACAUCCACAAGAGAUUCUGCCUUUGAAAAUACAUCUGAUAUGGCGUACGAAGAAUUAGGAAAUACUGCAAAAAGUUGUCAUCUUUAUGAACGCAUUGGUGGUAGCAAUUUCUGAUUGUCUGAAAUAUAUCGGUUGCAUUUUUGUAAAAGUGAAAUAAAUGAGAUAUUAGUGCCUGCGAAAUAAAAAUAGUACAAAAUGUAUAACGUUUGAGAUUCAGUAUAGAAAUUAUUAACAAAAUCAGAAUUCUUAACGGCUUUUACAGAGUUUUCGCUUCCACAGUUAUUCAUUAGAAUCAGAUUAAUGCAUAACAGAAUAAAUCACAGCUAUAUGAACAUAAGACUGUGUUAUUUUUACUGUUAUUAUAUGUAUUACAAGAUUGCUAUAUGAUAUAAUUGACUGAUAGAUAAAUUUAGCACUACUGGAAGUAUAUAAAAUAUACUACUGACACACAGAUUCGAGUACUUAAUUUUAAUUAUCAUGUUUACGAAGCUUACAGUCGAACAAAUAAUUGUCAAAACUAUCAUCUAAGUCUAAAUGUGAACGAUGGGCUGAUAUGAUAUAUCUUUUAACUUGAUAUCUUUUAAUUUAAAAUGGAUUUUAGUAUUACAGUAAUAUUGAUUUUAAAAUAAAAUGGCAUAUAGCAGGUUGUCUUUUUUGCUUAGUAUAUACAUGUAUAAGCGUGUAAUGUGUUUCUGAUUAAUAGCAGUGUGAAGUAUAGUAGCUGUCAGCAUGAUCAUACCAUAAAACUUUUGUAAACACAGCAGGUAUCCGCGUCUGUAUAAGGAUCAGUUAUAAAAAGAAAAACUUUAUGAUGAAAAGAAAUGAAAGAAAAUGAACUAGAUUUUUAAAUAAAUCAUCACAUUUCUAUACUAAAAAUCUAUCCUAUAACGUUGACUUUUUCGGAAAUUUUUAUGAAUACUUUUGAUCACAGAAAUGCGGAUUUACAUAGCUGCAUGCAGUGUGCGCUAUCGCUAUCCAUACUGAUAUGCAACCAGAUGUUCUGUUGCGCAACAUAUUAUACUUAAUUAACUAAGCAAAUGCAAAUGAGAUAGCGGUCAGAUAAACCUAAAAAUUUAGUGCUUAAUUAUUUGACUGGUGUCUUAAAUUGUCUUUUCUUUCUGUACUGUUACAUAUUGUAAAUACAUGUGUUUUUAAUUGCUGCAAGUAAAAGUUUCCACAAUGUCAGACUGCCUUAGUCCAUUUCAUAGCUUGUACUCAAAAAUGAACUUUAAUAACCAGAUAUCUCCGCACCGAAAGAAAGCCUAGAAGCAAAAUGUUAUUGUAACACUAAAUGUUACAAAUCGAGUUUUAUAAGGUGUUGAUGAAUCAAAAUUAUCUUAUUUGGAUAUCUUUAAUUCACAAUUUGAAGGUUUUCAAUUAAAAUUUCAUUCACAUAUCACUGCUGAAAAGAUUUUUAUGACUUUAAUCUAUAUGACCAUAUUUACAUCAUAGCUAUGUUUUCAUGAGUUUGCUUAUUGAUUCUGUUCAUAUUUGAGGUGAUCAUGAAAAUAUGUUAUCCAAUAAAAUUUUUGCAUUAAAUAUACGGACUCCCAUUCGCCCUUCCUAUUCUUUUAUAGAUGAUAAUGACAGCACUGUUUAUUGGUGAUCAUUCUCGCAUAGCAGAGCUCUACCAUGGUUCUCCGGUUCGUCUCGGGUACCAUGUCGAACAUCUGAUGAAUCAGAAUGAUUGGUGAUAAGAUACGUUAUGUUACCUUACGGGUAGAUAAGGAGAGAAACUCGCAUAUCUAUGUUGGUUUUCCUUUUUUCUUUUGUUUUAUAAUAAGCGCCGUUUUUUCAACAGUAUUCCAGUCAUGCAACGGCGGACAGUUUACCUCGGCAGUGCUGUACAAGGGCAAAUCUGUUAGUCGCAAGUAACUGCAUUCUCCCACAAAUGAUUCCAAGGUGAAGGACAAAUGAUUCCAGACGCAAAUGUCAUAUAUACAAAGUAAUGCAAAAAAGGCUGUCAGCAAGAAGAUUCAAUGCUGACAUUUUUACUGGAUAUCCAAUCAAAUUGUAAAACUUAUAGCUACUGUAUUUACAUAUCUUUUUCUAGCCUUGGAAGCCGUUGAUAGUAUUUGUGCUUUGACAGAAGAAAGCAUACCUAAUAUUUAUGCAUUAAAGAUAUCACUUAAUUUGCGCUAAUUAGUGUUAAUUGGCAUUCAUCGAGUUUCUGAUAUUGUCAAUUUGCAGGUAGAAAAAAAGUUAGAAAUUGUCAGACUGGAUUCCCAGGCUAAUCUUUUCCUUGUAGAGCUUGUACAUUAUGAAUAAACACUCUUUUAGAUAAAAGUGUCUUGUUUUUAUACUUAACUUGAGUUGAGACGAGUUUGU